AUGAUUUUGCUUCUGUUUACUAAGUCUCAACAUACAUUAUCGAAUGUUGAAGCUCAUAAAUGUUACCAUCGGCGAUUUUCUGCAGACGCCAACGACACGAAAUCUGGGAUCCAUGAGCGAAUGAAGAAUUUAUUUAUGGUUGACAACAAAAACAUCGAGUGCGUCCCCGUCCUCGAUGCCUCAAACAUAAUUCAAGACAAUCAUCGUCCCCAAGUUCCAGCGAAUCGCUCUUUGGCAGAUUACGAGCUAGUAUCAACGAGUGGCUGUAGUGGGUAUAUAGUGGCUCACGCCGUCAAUCUCGAUAAACACCUUACUGGAAGAGGAAAUGAUUUCUUACGAGGAACGGUACGAAUUUUCCAUCCGGAAUUCGGGGUCAGCACCUUACAUACUAGUUUGUCAACGGUUACAUGGCCCCAGAGUAAACAACACAACGUCCAUUGGAUCACAUAUAGGCAAGUUUAUCCUCACCUGGCUCAAUCACCUUGUAAACCGACUAUCCCAUCCACUGUUUCUGGUCUCGUUUCUAGUUUGGCAAUCUAUGAAUCAACCCAAAGCCCAACCAAACGAGGACUUUAA